GCAGGCGCGGCCCCGCCCCGGCUCGUCACGGGGCCGGAACCCGGAGCCGCCGGAGCCGCCGCCGCCCGGGCCCAGCGCUGCCCCUGCCCGGUCCGGAGCCGCGCCGCUCCCCCCGCGGCCGCCAGCAUGUCCAACAUGGAGAAACACCUGUUUAAUUUGAAGUUUGCUGCAAAGGAGCUCAACAGAAACUCCAAAAAAUGCGACAAAGAAGAAAAGGCAGAGAAAGCUAAAAUUAAGAAGGCCAUCCAGAAGGGGAACAUGGAGGUGGCGCGGAUCCACGCGGAGAACGCCAUCCGCCAGAAGAACCAGGCCAUCAACUUCCUGCGCAUGAGCGCGCGCGUGGACGCCGUGGCAGCCAGGGUGCAGACGGCUGUCACCAUGGGCAAGGUUACAAAGUCGAUGGCGGGGGUGGUGAAGUCUAUGGAUGCCACCUUGAAGAGUAUGAACUUGGAAAAGAUAUCUGCACUAAUGGACAAAUUUGAGCAUCAGUUUGAGACACUGGAUGUUCAGACACAACAGAUGGAAGACACAAUGAGCAACACUACGACAUUAACAACGCCACAAAACCAAGUGGAUAUGCUCCUGCAGGAAAUGGCAGAUGAAGCAGGCCUUGAUCUGAACAUGGAACUACCUCAAGGACAGACAGGUUCAGUUGCUACCAGCGUGGCCUCAGCAGAGCAGGAUGAGCUGUCACAGAGACUGGCCCGCCUACGUGAUCAAGUCUAAGUGAACAGAGCUGCAGAUCUUUGGACCUGCUUCCAAAUUCCCUGUCUGGAACUAACCCUGCACUACACUCGAGGUGUAAAACAGUCCAACUUAGGUGUUUGAAUAUUUGUAAUCUAGGGUACUUCACUCCCAGCUUGCUACUCUUUCUAAAAUACAUUAAGUGACCCAAAAA